AUGAGCAGUAAAACUUGCUUCAAGUGUGGACGCCCUGGCCACUGGGCCCGGGAGUGUCCUAAAGGAGGAACUCGCGGGCGAACACCAAGAAGUCGUGGCCGAGGUCCUCAAUGCAGCUCUGCCAGCCAAUCUGACAUCUGUUAUCGCUGUGGUGAAACUGGUCAUUAUGCCAAGGACUGCGAUCUUCUCCAGGACACCUGCUACAACUGCGGGAAAAGAGGCCACAUCGCUAAAGACUGUACCCAGACUAAACGAGAAAGGGAGCAGUGCUGUUACAUCUGCAGCCGACCUGGUCAUCUGGCUCGUGAUUGCGACCGGCAGGAAGAGCAGAAAUGCUACACUUGCGGCGAAUUCGGGCACAUCCAGAAAGACUGCACCCAAAUCAAGUGCUACAGAUGUGGUGAGAAUGGCCACAUGGCGGUGAACUGCAGCAAGGCCAGCGAAGUCAGCUGCUACCGCUGUGGCGAGCCUGGACAUCUAGCACGUGAAUGCCCCAUUGAGGCUACUGCUUAG